GAACGGGGUCAUUGCGUGUUGCGACGGCGAGCGCGUUCUCCACAGCUCUCUCCCUUUCCCAUCUCUCUUCGAUGCUCGGCCGUUCUCUACGUUCAGUGGCCUUGGGAAGACGGCGCAUCUUAGCUCCCAUCGUGCGCGUACAUUUCGCUCGAACUUUCGCUACUCCUUCCGACAACAAUCCGACGCCAGAGAACAAGCCAAAUGACGCGAACAAGCCUAGAGAGAAGGGAGAAGUGGAGGAUAAGGAGAAGUCAUCGAAUGAUGGUCUGAAGGGCUCCGAGAAGAAGCAGGAGUCGUUGAAGGGCCUCGAGGGCUUUUUCCAACGGUAUCACCAGCAGAAGAAGCAUCAGGAAGGCCAGGAGGAUGAGGAGCCUCAUCGCGAUGAGAAGGAGUCUCAACGGCAGAAGCUUCCCCCUCCACCAUCCGAGAAUAAUGGCUUUAAUGCCAACCAGCUUGCCCUACUUGCUACCACUGCUGCAAUAUUAUGGGCCCUCUCGAGUUCUUCCACGUCCGGUUCUCGCGAGAUCACCUGGCAGGAAUUCCGCACCGCAUUCCUCGACAAAGGUCUCGUGGACAAGCUCAUUGUCGUUAAUAGAAGCAAAGUGAAGGUCAAGCUGCAUUCGAAUGCUACGGGUACAAUGUACCCGAACACACCUCUCGGCGGCGGAGAUUACUACUUCUCGAUCGGCUCCGUUGAGGCUUUCGAGCGCAAGCUCGAUGAGGCACAGAAGGAGCUCGGAAUCCCUUCAAUCGAGCGUAUACCCGUUGCCUACCACGAUGAAGUCUCCGCCUUCAGUUAUUUGCUGAACUUUGGACCUACACUACUGUUUGCAGGUCUGCUCUUCUAUCUAUCACGGAGAGCAGGGGGAUCCGCCAGCUCGUCAGGAGGCAUCUUCAGCAUUGGGAAGAGUCGCGCCAAGCUGUUCAAUAAGGACACGGACGUCAAGGUCAAGUUCAAGGACGUGGCAGGCAUGGAUGAGGCCAAACAGGAGAUCAUGGAGUUUGUCUCCUUCCUUAAGGAGCCUCAGCGGUACGAGAAACUUGGAGCUAAGAUCCCGCGCGGUGCGAUCUUGUCAGGCCCUCCAGGUACUGGUAAGACCUUGCUAGCCAAGGCCACCGCUGGAGAGGCCAAUGUGCCUUUCUUUUCCGUCUCCGGCUCUGAAUUCGUCGAGAUGUUCGUCGGGGUUGGAUCUUCUCGAGUCCGCGAUCUCUUCGCGUCAGCAAAGAAGAACGCGCCGUCGAUCAUCUUCAUUGACGAAAUCGACGCGAUCGGCAAAGCUCGAGGCAAGCGCGGUGGCUUCGGCGGGAACGAUGAGCGGGAGAACACGCUCAAUCAACUUUUGGUCGAGAUGGAUGGGUUCGGUACACAGGAGCAUGUCGUCGUACUCGCUGGUACGAACAGACCUGAUGUUCUUGACCCUGCGUUGAUGCGUCCCGGUCGUUUCGACCGGCACAUCACCAUUGAUCGUCCUGACGUCGGAGGUCGCAAGGGCAUCUUCCUGGUGCACUUGAAGCCUCUCAAGCUCUCCCCCAGCCUCCCUGAGACGGAGUCAUUUGCACACAAACUUGCCGUGCUUACACCAGGCUUUUCGGGCGCAGACAUAGCAAACGUCUGCAAUGAGGCUGCACUGCACGCUGCUCGGAAUGGUCACGAAUCGAUCCAAGAGUCCGAUUUCGAGAGCGCAAUCGAACGCGUGAUCGUUGGACUGGAAAGAAAGAGCAGAAUUCUCAGUCCAGAGGAGAAGAAGACGGUCGCAUACCACGAGGCUGGUCAUGCUAUCUGCGGCUGGUUUUUGGAACACGCAGACCCUCUGCUCAAGGUCAGUAUCAUUCCUCGAGGAGUUGGCGCGUUGGGAUAUGCGCAGUACCUGCCGCCUGACCGUUAUCUCUUGUCAACGCCGCAAAUGCUGGACCGGAUAUGCAUGACGCUCGGUGGCCGUGUUUCUGAAGAAAUAUUCUUCGGCGCUGAGAACAUCACGACGGGUGCGCAGGAUGAUCUGCAGAAGAUCACUCGCAUGGCAUUCGAAGCUGUUGCAAACUACGGCAUGAACGAGGUCGUCGGGCCCGUCAGUUAUGGCGGUGCGAAAGCAGCCGAUGAGAGCUUGCAGAAGCCAUUCAGUGAGAAGACGGGCGAGAUGCUUGAUGGGGAAGUGCGGAAGAUGAUUGUCAAUGCACAUCAACGAACCACGGACCUCCUUACCAAACAUAAGGAAGACGUUGAGAAGAUUGCCAAGUUGCUCCUUGAGAGGGAGGUGAUCACUCGUGAAGAUAUGAUCAAUAUUCUUGGUCCCCGACCAUUCGCAAACCGCAAGGAUGCAAUGGACAAGUGGUUGGACGAGAACAGGAACCAAGAGCGCAGUGCACCACCGCCCCUCGAGACGCCAUCUGAAGGCACAACUGCGCCGGCUGCGACACGAGUGGACGAGCCCAGACUGUGAUCUGUUAUCAUGCUAGCUGUACGAUUCUUCUUUCGUUUUCCAUAGUCUAGUAAAUGGUUAAAGUUGGGAAAUGUUUGUUCACGUCGGACUCGGCGGACAUCGAUUGUAUCAAAGACAUCUGUAUCUAUCGUAAUGCUUGAAAGCCCUACUCAUGAACGGAAUCAUCGUAUUUGGAUUUCGGGCUAUAUCGGGAGC